UAGCCGAACUAGAUUGUGUCCAAACAAUAGAACAUAGGGAUCGUUAGCAUCCACUGCGGCGAUCAGACCCAAGGCCUUUUGUUUGCAAACAAAUACAUCACACACACAGAUCGACAAAAAAAAGAGAGCAUUCGGAUGAAUUGUCCACUUGGUCGUUUGGAAGGUGACACGAAGCGUUCAGAGGAUUCAUGCUACAACCCUCCCCUCCUCUCUCUCUCUCAAAAUUGCCGAUCCGGCGUCCUGGGACCAAACAAGCACAGAAGCAAAUCGAGUGUAGGACACAUACCUUGGCAAUACGGGCCUCAGCCUCAGCGGUGGUCAGACCGUUUUCGCUGGUCUUGAGGAGCUGGAAGAUGUUUCCGGUCUCCAUGGUCGACAUGUCGAACUUCUCCUUGUUGUACAGAUCCUCAAUGUCGAUGGUCUGGACAUUGACAUCGAUCGUCACCGGGGUGCCUUCGGUCCUCUCCUUGGCUGUGGUAGCGGGAUUGGACUCCAUGGUGGAAGUUGUUUUUGGGGUUGAGGGUGCGGUUGAUUGCGGGUGUCACUUCACAGUGAGUGAGAGGUGCUUGCUGUGGGGGGAGUCAAGGUGGGGACAGAGUGGGGAGGGUCAGGGAAGGAGAGAGGGGGGGGGAGGGUGGAGGAGAAGGAGGUGGGAGGGAAGAGGCGGAAGGGAGGGGGGAGAUCAACAACACAAAGUGCAGUGUGCUAUGUGAAAGAGCGGGUGCGAGGUGCGUUAACGAAGGAUGGGAAAAAGACG